AUGAGCCACUUGGAUCACCGCCUUUUGGUAAUCAGUUUCAUACUUAUGGCCAUUUGUCUGGCCGCCCGAGCAGAUGUGUCCCAGUUAGUGAGAUCUGGCAAUGGAUUUGUUUACGAUGUGCCCAAGGUCACGGAACUGGAGCUGGAGGUGAACAACGAGUUUCCCACGGGCGAGGAGUUCCCCCAGGAUGCCAUCCCAGUGGCUCCCUCCGAUGCCGAACUUGGCCAGGCGGAAGAUCUGGAGGAACCAGUGGAACCAUUGGAACGAGUGGAACCAGCAGCAUCCAGCACAACCAUCUCCAAGAAAAUCCAUGGAUACAAAUACCAGGUGCCCAGUCGGCGCUUCAAGAGCUAA